AUGGGGUGCGCGCACUCCGUGACCCUGCUGGACGAAUCGCACGCUGGCGCCCGCGUCGCGCCCUGCUCGGAGAGCGCUUACGUGCGGCCGGGCGCCAACGCCUUCGACCCCAGCGCGGACACCAGCAAGAAGGUCGACUCGGCAAAGGCUGCUUUGCAGCCCGCCGCCGUCGCCGAGCCCAGCUUCGGCACCAGGGAGCAGUUCGUCUCGCAGUACGAGCUGGAUGGCACGCUUGGGAAGGGGUCCUUCGGGAUCGUGGUGUCGGCCCGCGACAGGGUCUCGGGGCGCGAGGGGGCCGUGAAGAUCGUCGACUCGGGGAGCGGUGGGCCCGCUCCCGCCACCAGCAAGGCCUCCGCGGUAGAUGCCAUCCAGAAGCGGAAGUGGAAGAGUGCCAUGCAGGAGGUCGAGGUGUGGCGUGCUGUCGGCAGACACGCCAACGUCGUGGAGUUGCACGAGCACUUCUACGACAGCCGCGUCGUGUUCAUGGUCAUGGAGAGGUGCGAGUGCACUGUGGCAGAGAAGUGCGACUCGAACCCGCGGUUGCUGCAGUCUGGGCUCCCGGACCUCCUGCGCCAGAUGCUUCUUGGCGUGGAAGCUUGCCACAAGGCCUCGGUGGCGCACCGCGAUAUCAAACCGGACAACUAUCCAGCACGGUGGCGUAUCUGA